UCCUCUCAUCCACUUCUAUAAUCUCCUCUCUCCACUCAAACGUUUAUCUGCUAGAGAAAGGCAUUAUCUGUCUCUGAACAGCAGGUUCCGACAACAGCAAAAUUCUUCAAUAAUAAAGAGCAGGGUGACUGAGUCCUGAGUUUCCCAGUGACGGGGCAUCCAUCUCCAGAAAGGGCCUGCCAUUUGCUGUAACUGCGGCCCCCAAGUCUAUCAGUAAUGAGCCAACUGACUGGAAAAGGAAGUCUGGUAAAGCAGAAUGUUCUGUCCUUUGGCCAGGAGGAGCCAAGUGUCCAUCGGCAAUGAUGUACGCGCAUCUGGUUCGCUCUGCCCUUCUUUUGAUGCCUCUUCAGCCCAGCACUGCACAACGUUAAGAGAUGAAAAAGGUGAUCAUUGCCCCUGAAGGAUCAGAAGAUCUAGCAGAGGAAGCAGGUGAUUGCCCACAGUACCGAUUCCAGAGCAAUCCCAUGGACAUGAUGAGGUUAGCAUCACCUGAAGACUUCUCUUCACUUCCCAAAACAUCCUGGAAUAGUCAUCAGCUUGGUGAGGGAGAUGUUCAGGAGGAGGCCUUAUCCACGGCAUCCUGUCAGACACAAAGGCGGCCAGAGUGCCAAGCCAAGAAGGGCUGGAUGGCUCCAGGGCAGCAGGAUGGCCCACCAUCCCAGGAC